UUCGUUUCCCUGUCUCCCUGUCGCUACAUCCUUGUAUCCUUUGCGUGCCAUUCAAGCGAUCAGCAAAAUAACAACAAACAAUGCCAGCCAAGGGGAGAAGGAGUAAGUGAGUAGCCAGCCUCCUUUGUGGCUGCUUUGUUAGCUUUGAUCGCAGCUACUUAGAGUUUUCCAUCCAUCCCUUCGAUUUUCGCAUGCCUCGCUGGGUUUCCUUCCAGCUCGGAAAAGUACAAUGGGUCUUAGCUUUGCCGAAAUGCUAAAUAUUUAUGCCUGCCAUGGCAUCAGCUUAGAUAUUAUAAUUAUCUCUGUUUUUGGAUUCAAGAUGGAGUUCUAUUAGGGCGUAGAAGAAUAUUUUGGUAUAUUUUAAAAAUCAAAAUUCAAAUGUAUACAAACUUUUCGUUAUUCGUCAAAAUUUUGCUGUUGUCUUCAAGAGAAUGUUAAAUGGCAGUCCGAGAAACUUAGGGCUGGCCUCCUGGCCACCCGGUGCCCUUUUGCUCAACUUUCCCCAGCCGACGGAGCCCCAGAACCAGCGGAUGGUUUCAGUACACUUUCAGUCGCCGCCGGAUCGUGUCCUUAACCUAAGGACCCGCCGCCUGGACUAAAUCCGAAUAAUGGCAAUGCUCUGGGCAAGUGGAGGAUGCUGAAAAUAACCAGAUCUGGCGAAGAAGUUCAUGAGGUUGUGCUAUAUUGUGGCGACUGUGUAUUCCGUGAUUACCGCGAUUCAAAUGCUGAUCCUAACGCAUCUAUUCAGGCCAUCUGCCGCUGACUUAUUGCCCGGCUUCGUGUGCAUCCUUAUGUCACUGAUGGCGCUUUUGCUCUCUAUCCUGAACAAGCUGCGAAAGAUCCUCUGGAUGAGCAUCAUUCUGUCCGCCAUUUUUGUGGAGCUGCUGUGUGUGGGUCUGACCUUUGCCCUGGUCCAAAGGACGCUCCUGAUGGUGGCCUUAGCCUUGCUGGCCGCUGGCAUCCUGCUCGUCCUUGGCUAUGUACUGGGCGCCUGGCUACCCAAGUCCGUGUUGCCCGGCGAGCUCAUGCUCGUCGUCAUCGUCAUCUUUGCACUGAUCUCCAUAUUCCUCAUCACCAUGCAUAUUUUCACAAAUCGGUUGAUCUAUGCUACGGCAUACUUUUGCCUGCUCCUCGUGAUGCUCAUCCCGGUGAGCGCCUACCAUGCCCAGCUCGUCCAUGGCCGGAGAUUUAUGUUGCCCACCUAUGAGUUUGUCAUCUCAGCCACGUACAUCUAUCUGCACUUUGUGUUGUUAUUCUGUGCCUCCUUCUACUGCCUCUGGCUCCUUGAUGUGUGAGCUAUUAUCCCUAAUAUAUUCCACAACUAAAACAAAUCUUGAAACUGUUUAGGUUUAUUAACUGAGACACUUUUCUAAUAAAUGCUAAAUAUUGAAAUGUCGAUCCAGUUUA